AAAAUGAAGUCAAGGAGGACAUUGGACAGUGGAUGAAUCACUUGAAAACGCAGAAUAAUCCGGAUUGGCUCGUAGUCGUAAUGGAAGGAAGUGAUUCCCGGAAGUCGAACAAGUUACUUCCUCGCGCCACAGUGUUUGACAAGAUACGGAGUGAUUUCGCGUCGAAACACCCUGAGAGGUGUGUUUCCAUCUCGGAUCCCUCGAAGUCAGAUGCUCGGACCGCUGAGGCCUGGCAAACCCUGCUUUUUCGAAUUCGACAAUUGUCCUUGGCUGGACUCACUCGGAUUCUUACGAAGUUUGAGGAGGAAAUGCGAGGUCAAAGGGAGAGACGAGUGGAUCCAUCUUGGGAAUUCUGCCAGUAUUUCUUGAUGCAAGAAGAACUAGCCUUAGUUUAUGAAAUGCUAGGUCUGGAUGAAGAUGCGCUCGUGCAAUAUGAUGAGUUGGAUGCCCUGUUCACCCAGUUCAUUAUCAAUGCUGGUGCUGGAGAUAUUCCGAACUGGAUGCAUUCCUUUGCGCAACCUCCCGAAAAUUGGGAUGGAGUGCGACUGGGUGGAAUCCGGCGAAUAACGGCUAAACGUCGCGGAGGAAAUUUAUCUCCGUCCUCUCCGGUUCGGUUGAGGAACCAAGAAAGUGCUCGAAGGUUUCUAGAAGGAGUUCGCACGGACAUAGUUGAAAAUGAUGUUUCGUUGCUACAGUUCAGGAAUUACCUCUUCAGUCGCCAGUGCUCUCUUCUUUUGGGA